UCAGAUAUGUACUCUAUGACAAGUGACAAACAUUCAACAUGGAGAGUUCUUGCUGAGCCAGGUAAGGGGUCUAACACCGCCUUCCAAUGCCGAAGGAACCGACACGCGCGAUUACGCGUUCUUUCCUUCUACCGGACGAGGAAUCCGAGUGCCAGCCUUGUACCCCGCCAGUCCGAUAACGACUCCAAACUUGCCUCUUCAAUACUACAGUAGUAUACAUGGGAAGUGCAUGGGAGGCCUUCUCCCCUCUCACGCCUCCCCAAGAUCGAUCGAUAUACAGUUCCCUCCUCGGCUCGAUCAGCUCGUUCUCCGUCCAUCUUCUUCUCCCCUCCGUUCUCGAUGGCCAUCGUUUGUGCCCAAGCCGUCGACUCUUGGCCCAUCUGGAACCUCCAAGGCUGCGGGGUCGAGGAGAUGCCCACCUGGGACCACGAGGACUGCGAGGAGACGCCCAUCUGGGAACUCGACGACUGCGUGGAGACGGCCGAGCUCGGCUCCGGGAGCUUCGGCACAGUCACCAAGGCGUGGUCCUACAAGACCGGCGAGAGCGUCGCCAUCAAGACCCUCAGCUCGAGCAGCCAUGAGGCGGUCCGGCGGGAGGCCGGCCUCCUCAGGGCGUGCCAUGGCCACCUCAACAUCGUCCAGCUGCGGGCCAUGUCCUUCGACCGCAACGCCGACAGGCUCUCCCUCGUGAUGGAGUACGUCGGGCCGAGCCUCCACGACGUCCUCCACCGCGCCCGCCGCGGCUGCCCGUUCCAGGAGGACGUCGUGCGCUUCCUCAUGCGGCAGCUUCUGAGCGGCGCCGACCACAUGCACCGGCUGUGCCACGUCGUCCACCGGGACAUCAAGCCCGAGAACGUCCUCGUCGGCGACGGCGUCAAGAUAUGCGACUUCGGCCUCGCCAUGUCCAUGUCCCAGGCCCCGCCGUACGGCCACCAUGGCACGCGCAGCUACAUGGCGCCGGAGAUCCUCCUGGGGAAGCCCGACUACGACGCCACCGUGGACGCCUGGUCGCUGGGCUGCGUCAUGGCCGAGCUCCUCCUAGGCGAGCGGCUCUUUGGCCGCGCGGCGGACGACGCCGACCAGCUCCUCAGGAUCUUCUACAUACUUGGCGUGCCGGACCAGGUCUCCUGGCCGUCCUACAACUCCUUGCCGCUCGCCGGCGAGCUGGUGGCGCCGCCGAGCAUCCCCCACCGCAACAGGCUGCGCGAGGUGUUUCCAGAGGACUGCCUGUCCAGACAAGGCUUCCAAGUAUUGAGCGGCCUCCUCUCCUGCGACGCACGCAAGAGGCUGUAUGCGGGUGAAGCCCUCGAGCUUCCAUGGUUCACCACCAACUAGAUAGGACCACGCUCCGGAAACUUUGAUUUGAUAGCGUGCCGACAAACGUUCUUGUGUCGACAGACAGACUGCAAUAUUUCUGUAGCUGUGCUGUCUGAGUUUGUUUGUAAGGAAUUGUCGACGUUCGUUCGGGUAAAAAAACUUGUGCUCGUUA